UGAAUAUACUAAAUCACCUACAUAAAAUGAUUAAUAACGUGAUACACACUCCCAUAAAUGAUCAAUACUAAGAUUAUAUGACUAACUUAAUACAGAGAUUAUAAUACUAACGGUUAACCAUCCACUAUCAAUCAAUCUCCUGACUGAACCUUCCCCAACAGAGGGAUACAAGCAGCAGUACACUACUCAGCGAAGCUUGGGGUAUUAUUGGGUGCAGCGGGAACCACUUCCUGCUGCCAGCGGAAAUGCUGAAAAGCAAAUCAUCUUUUGCGAGUGGCAAGUAUUGACGCACACAGUUACGUGGUGUAUCUUCCAACACCUGACCAUCUUUCAUCAUCUCUCGUACAUCAUUCAAAGGCAUGGUGGCAAGGUCCUUCCAAGUAUAAACACAAACUUUCAGAAACCAGGAUCCUACGCGAGCAUUGGUGUCGCUGUCGCUGACGUCGCUGCCGUCAGAUGAUAUUGGGUCAUAGGUUGGGGAGAGAGGUGUCUCCCUGGGCUUCUCAGGGUUCGGGGACCCGUGUGUGUGAUCGGCGUCCUUUGCUCCUGCGAUGGAGCGCAUCCCUGCAUCGUCAUGAAGGGAGGGGAGGUGAGGAGAGGGUCUCAGGAACUGGUGACAUAUGUUGGGAGGGGAUGCUGGUAGUAGGUCCUCGGAAGCUGAUAGCGGCAUGGAGGUGGAGCCCCGUACAUGCCGGUGGACUCUCGUGGACGAAGUCUGCUGGGUCCUGGUUGUAGAUCCCCCACCGUCAGUUGCCAUGGGACAGGCUCCGGCUGGAAGACACUGUCCGACGUCCUCUCCCCUGUUUGGUCUCGAGUCAUCGAUGCUGCUGGAGGACAACAUGGUGACUUUCAUGAAGGAGGAGCUGAAGAAGAUGAAGAAGCUUCUGAGUCCAGAUUACCCAGCAUGCUCAGAAAGUGAGAGAGAGGAUGAGGAUGAAAAGCAGAGGAGCAGCAGAGAGUCAUUAGUGAGGAUCACACUGGACUUCCUGAGGAGGAUGAAGCAGGAGGAGCUGGCUGAGCGUCUGUGGAGCAGAACUUCUGCUGCUGUCUGCCAACAGAAGCUGAAAUGUGGCCUGAAGAAGAGGUUCCAGUCUGUGUUUGAAGGAGUCUCUAAAGCAGGAGAGUCCACCUUCCUGAACCAGAUCUACACAGAGCUCCACAUCACAGAGGGAGGGGCUGCAGAGGUCAAUGAGGAACAUGAGGUCAGACAGAUUGAAACAGCAUCCAGGACAGCAGACAGAGCAGAAACAAGCAUCAGACCAGGAGACAUCUUUAAAGCCUCACCUGGAAGAUCUCAACCAAUCAGAACAGUGCUGACAAAGGGAGUGGCUGGCAUUGGGAAAACAGUCCUGACACAGAAGUUCACUCUGGACUGGGCUGAAGACAAAGCCAACCAGGACGUCCACUUCACAUUUCCAUUCACCUUCAGAGAGCUGAAUGUGCUGAAGGAGAAGAAGUUCAGCUUGGUGGGACUUGUUCAUCACUUCUUCACUGAAACCAAAGAAGCAGGAAUCUGCAGAUUUGAAGACUUCCAGGUGGUCUUCAUCUUGGACGGUCUGGAUGAGUGUCGACUCCCUCUGGACUUCCAGCACACUGAGUUCCUGACUGAUGUUACAGAGUCCACCUCAGUGGAUGUUCUGCUGACAAACCUCAUCAGGGGGAAACUGCUUCCCUCUGCUCACCUCUGGAUCACCACACGACCUGCAGCAGCCAAUCAGAUCCCUGCUGACUGUGUGGACAGGGUGACAGAGGUCCGAGGGUUCACUGACCCCCAGAAGGAGGAGUACUUCAGGAGGAGGUUCAGAGAGCAGGAGCAGGCCAGCAGGAUCAUCUCCCACAUCAAGACCUCCCGAAGCCUCCACAUCAUGUGCCACAUCCCAGUCUUCUGCUGGAUCACUGCUACAGUUCUGGAGGAGGUGUUGAAGAGCAGAGAGGGAGGAGAGCUGCCCAAGACCCUGACUCAGAUGUACAUCCACCACCUGGUGGUCCAGGCCAAAGUCAAGAAGGUCAAGUAUGAUGGAGGAGCUGCCACAGAUCCACACUGGAGUCCAGAGAGCAGGGAGAUGAUAGAGUCUCUGGGAAAACUGGCUUUUGAGGAGCUGCAGAAAGGAAACCUGAUCUUCUAUGAACCCGACCUGACAGAGUGUGGCAUCGAUCUCAGAGCAGCCUCAGUGUACUCAGGAAUGCUGACCCAGAUCUUUAGAGAGGAGAGCGGUCUGUACCAGGACAAGGUGUUCUGCUUCAUCCAUCUGAGCCUUCAGGAGUUUCUGGCUGCUCUUCAUGUCCAUCAGACCUUCAUCCAGUCUGGAAUCAACCUGCUGGAAGAGAAACAAACAACCAUUCAGCAAUCUCCACAACAGCUUCAGCUCCACCAUCUCCAUCAGAGAGCAGUGGACGAGGCCUUGAAGAGUCCAAAUGGACACCUGGACUUGUUCCUCCGCUUCCUCCUGGGUCUUUCACUGCCAACCAAUCAGAGUCUCCUUCGAGGUCUGCUGACACAGACAGGAAGUAGCUCACAGACCAAUCAGGAAACAGUCCAGUACAUCAAGAAGAAGCUGAGUGAGAGUCUGUCUGCAGAGAGAGGCAUCAAUCUGUUCCACUGUCUGAAUGAACUGAAUGAUGGUUCUCUGGUGGAGGAGAUCCAACAGUCCCUGAGAUCAGGAAGUCUCUCCAGAGAUGAACUGUCUCCUGCUCAGUGGUCAGCUCUGGUCUUCAUCUUACUGUCAUCAGAAGAAGAUCUGAAGGAGUUUGACCUGAAGAAAUACUCUGCUUCAGAGGAGGCUCUUCUGAAGCUGCUGCCAGUGGUCAAAGCCUCCAACAAAGCUCUGUUGAGCAGCUGUGGUCUGUCAGAGAGAAGCUGUGGAGCUCUGUCCUCAGUCCUCAGCUCUCAGUCCUCCAGUCUGACACAUCUGGACCUGAGUAACAACGACCUGCAGGACUCAGGAGUGAAGCUACUGUCCUCUGGACUGGAGAGUCCUCACUGUAAACUGGAAGCUCUCAGUCUGUCAGGGUGUCUGGUCUCAGAGGAAGGCUGUGUUUCUCUGGUCUCAGCUGUGAGCUCCAAGUCCUCCCAUCUGAGAGAGCUGGACCUGAGCUACAACCAUCCAGGAGACUCAGGAGUGAAGAAGCUGUUUGCUGCAGUGGAGGAUCCACAGUGCAGUCUGGAGACUCUCAGGGUGGACCAUGGUGGAGAGCAGUGGUUAAAACCUGGUCUGAAGAAGUAUUUCUCUCAACUUCAACUGGACACAAACUCAAUGAGCAGAAACCUCAAACUGUCCAACAACAACAGGAAGGUGACACGUGUGGAGGAAGAGCAGCCAUAUCCUGAUCAUCCUGACAGAUUUGAAGACUCGACUUAUCAGCUGCUGUGUAGAAAUGUUCUGAGUGGUCGAUGUUACUGGGAGGUGGAGUGGAGUGGAUAUGUUAAUAUAUCAUUGAGUUACAGAGGAAUGACAUGGAGAGGAAACGAUCAUGGGCGUAUGUUUGGAUGGAAUGAGCAGUCCUGGACUCUGAGCUGCUCUGAUCAAGGUUGUUAUGUCAGGCACAAUGGCAAUAAAACAUCCUCCUCCUCCUCCUCCUCCUCUGGUAGAGUAGCAGUGUAUGUGGACUGUCCUGCUGGCUCUCUGUCCUUCUUCAGAGUCUCCUCUGACUCUCUGAUUCACCUCUGCACCUUCAACACCACAUUCUCUCAACCUCUCUAUGCUGGAUUUAGACUUUCGUCCUCUGGUUCUUCAGUGAGUCUGUGUCCUCUGUAGGAAAGACGGUCUCUGUCUCUGACAGCAGUCCUGUCAGCACCAAUCAGAGAUCAGAGAACAUCAGUGGAGUUCAGCAGGGUUCACAGACGGAGCCUCCAACACUUUGUAAAUAUGUGGUCACUUUAAGUUUCAGGAUGUUUUCUAACCUCCUCAAUGGAGACGAUGAGGAAAGAACUCUUCUGAUCACAGUUUGACGUUUUUGUUUUUCUCAGUUUUUUCAUGUUUGGUUUUAAGUCAUUUACAAGUAACUCGACACAGUGAUGGUUGUGACAGAGGAGAUGGUAUCAGGUUUCAUAAGAAAGUCUUUUUUCCCUGACAGCCAGUGAGACUGUCUUCAUCGCGGACAUGGUGGUGGUGGCCCAGACGGCACUCAUCCUCAACAGUAGGGGACAUGACAGAGAAACGUUGGUCACGAAUCCAAUGUUUCUAAUGCUAAAAGAAGCAGAUGUAUGAGGUAUCACCGUUCUUAUCCAGGUUCUGACCAAUGUCCAAGUUUCUGGAGGUGACUGAAUAGAACUGGGCACAGAUUUGGCUUUAGGAUCCAUGGAUCAUCUCAGACAGCAGUGUUAGCUCAAGUAGGAUUCUUAGUGGUGUGUCGAGAUAAGCAGUGUCACAGAUUACAUGCAACAGUGCCACCUAUUUACAAUACAAAACACGAGAAACUGUAUUGCGUCGCAGUGACAGUUUAAAUUUGGUGUAUUCUGAAUCGUUACUUUCCCCAAAAAGCGAUUACUUUUAGGGAUUACUUUGUGGCAGUGGUUCCCAAACAGUGUGCCGUGAGAGUUUGUGACAACCAAACAUUGUUUUUGCAAAUUCCAGUUCGAGCGCACAGUAAAACAACCACAAUGUGGUCAGAUUCGAUGAUUUUUUAAGUCCGUCUUGCCAGAGUCCUGCAGAAGCUCCUGAUUUGGUUUAAUAAGGUGACAGCUUCUUGUUUUGUGUUUCUGUGCUUCUGUGCAGAGUAACAGAGUUCCACCGCCACCUAAAGGUCUGAUAUAUGAACUCCAUGGCUUUGAGUCGCUUCAUGAUGUCCUGUGGAUGCAGAGAUACAGACACACUUGAGCCCCAAAUUAUUCAUAUUCCAGGCAAAUUUAUGCUCAGUUACUUUUAUUCAAUCAGGGAGUUUUUUGACCAGAAAUGAUACAGGCUUCUUCCAAAAGUUAAUAAGAUGGUGUACAAGAAGCACCAUUGUGGAAAGAAAAUAUUUCUCACUUUUUAUUUACAUUUGAACAAAAAGUGGCAUGCCAAGAGUUUUUCACAGGUUUCUCAAUAAUAAAUAGAAAAGCCUUCAUUACCUAUUACAGCAGUCAAACUCUUCCUAUAAUUAGUGAGCAGCUUUUUUCAUGUCUCCACUGGUAUUUUUGAAUAUUCAAUUUCAGUACUGACCUCCAACUGAUUUGUUUUCAGCAUUUCCUUCAUUCAGUCCUCAUAGCAUGUCCCUCUAAAGAGACAUCUGUCUCCAGGGACCUGCUUGGAUUUUAGGAUGUCCCUUCAUCAGAGGGUUGACUCAAUAAAAUUACAGAAAAAUUAUUAUUUUUGAUUUUGAAAAAUGAUAAUAAGACAAAAUAUUUACAAUAGCACAAGUUUCAAUGUCUCGAACACACAGAGCUACCAGAAGUCUAACCCCCCCACUGUAGCUUUCACUACUCACAUUUCUUUCUUCAUUUCUGCAGUUUUCUUUUCUCAUUUUUAACUUUGUGACCUGUCUGGUUUUAAUGCUGCAGUUACUGCUCUGAUGAUGUUAUACAUUUUUUAACAUAAUUUUCAUAAUCUUUGUAUUAAAGGUGCUGUAGGCAGGAUUUUGCUAGUCAAUGCUAAUUUUUCUGUGUUUUCUUUGGAUUAAAUGUUAGAGUAUCCAUUGAUAAUCAUUCAGGAGUGUAGCAUAAUUGCACUACCGCAA